GCGGCGAGCCGCGGCCAGAGCUGUGAGCGCGGUGCUGUCGGCGCCGCGGAGAGAGCCUGCGGGAACCCAGACCCCGAGGAGCCCCUCGUCUCCGCCCGGCCUGGCCAGGCCCCGCGCUAUGGAGCUCUUUUGGGCCCCUUUCUUGGGUCUGUGCUGCAGUCUGGCCGCUGCUGACCGCCACACCGUCUUCUGGAACAGUUCAAACCCCAAGUUCCAGAAUGAGGACUAUACCGUACACGUGCGACUGAAUGACUACCUGGACAUCAUCUGUCCACAUUACGAGGACGACUCUGUGCCAGAGGCUGCCAUGGAGCGGUACACACUCUACCUGGUGGAACAUGAGCAGUACCAGCUGUGCCAACCCCACUCUAAGGACCAGGUCCGCUGGCAGUGCAACCAGCCCAGUGCCAAGCACGGCCCUGAAAAGCUGUCUGAGAAGUUCCAGCGCUUCACCCCCUUUACCCUGGGCAAGGAGUUCAAAGAGGGACACAGCUACUACUACAUCUCCAAAGCCAUCUUCCAGCAGGAAGACCAGUGCUUGCGGUUGAAGGUGACUGUUGGUGGUAAGAUGACUCACAGUCCCCAGGCCCAUGUGAAUUCACAGGAAAAAAGAUUGCCAGCAGAUGACCCGACGGUGCAGGUCCUACAUAGCAUCGGUCACAGCGCUGCCCCCCGCCUCUUCCCACUUGCCUGGGCUGUGCUGCUCUUGCCACUGCUGCUCUUGCAGACCCCAUGAAGGUGCACGCCACAUCUGGCAUAAGGAUUGGAACUGGACUGAGGAGGCAGGAGCAGGUGUCCCUCACCUGCCCUGGGGCCCCUCCCAAAGCCUCAGUCGGGGGAACCAUUCCCACCACAUGCACAAGCUGCCACCCAGCAGCCUCAAAAUGAGUCAGUAUUAAGGGUCUCAACUUAAAGGUGGUCGGCAGGCCUGGCAGUACGAACCCCACAUUCAUGUCAGAGGGUCUGACAAAGAAGUGGGGACGGUGCUUUCCCCACCACUCCUACCCUUAAGCCAAAGAAAGAAGCUUUGCAGACACGGCCUUCUGGAAAGGCCCUGCAGGAGCCCAGCUGAAGGGGUCUGGGGAACUGCUGAUAGACACUGAGCUCAGCAGAGGUGCCGGGCCCAGAGAGCCAGGAUGCCCAGAUGAACUGACUGAAGGGAUCGCAAGAGGUGGCAUCCUGCUUGGGAGCCGAGGACAGGACGAGCGAGGCAGCAUGCUUGGGCUGACCUACACUUCGACUGAAGAGCUGCCACGGAGAGGUUCGCAGCCAGAGCGCAGCCUCCCAGAGCGGUGCCAGCAGGGGGGCUGUGCCAACCUGUUUCUUAGAGUGUAGCUGGAAGGGCAGCGCCCGUGUAUAGUGUGUGCCUGGAGUUAGCCUGAAGGGCAGUGCCCACUUGUACAGGAUCUGUAUAUAAACUUGCCGUUUGUCUGUGAUUUCUACAACUGGAAUUUUUUUAUACGAUGUUAAUGUUGUCUCAAAAUAAAGCGAUGUGUUUGGUU